GGUACACGGUACAUGUACUUCCCCGCCAGCUUGCGCUAUCAUUUUUCAAGGGUCUGGAUUCUGAAGACACACUUUUACCUAAUCCAAUAUAUUCACAUCUCAGGUCGUGCCACUUGCCUUAUCUUAUAGUAUCAGAUAUAGGAUAAAGUGGCCAAGGAAGGAUCCUAAUCGGCUCAUCUACUCAUCUGAUAUGUCUGGACAGUUCUCGUUUGGGUUUUCCGGUGAUGAUAUAGAGGAUGACGGGGAGUCAAAUUCUGCAGGUCCACAGGUCAGCGCGCCUGAGCAGCCGCAGGCGUCGGCUAGUGCAUUUCCUGUAUCAGGAAAACCUUUACUCCCCGCCAAAAGUCAUGACUUGAAUCACAUGCUAUCUCAGCUACCCUCCAAAAUUGCUUAUGGCAUCUUGGACGUGGAUCUAGACGGCGCUGGGAACAUUCAGCUUCCCCGCCGAGAGCUAUGGGAUGUCCGGGUUCAGCUUAUGGCCGAAGAUGACGGCGGCGAUACCGAACCCGGGCUAGGCAAUCAUGAUGUGAAGACCGGAGUCUACGAGGGCGGAUUCAAAUCCUGGGAGAGCAGCGUGGAUCUCGUCAAGGUCCUCUCGCUGUCCAAAUCCUUCCUUUCCGACACCGACAAGACCGUGAGACUGAUCGAGCUCGGUUGUGGCACGGCUCUUCCCUCAUUGGCUCUCUUCCAGUGGUGCCUUAGUCUUCGAACACCCGGCAAGAGUUCUGCCCUCUCUAUGGUCUUAGCCGACUAUAAUCCAACUGUUUUGCAGCUCGUAACAUUGCCCAAUUUUAUCCUGACCUGGGCUCUUCAUCAACGAGCAGACUCGCCCUUACUAGAAGAUGCUUUUUCAUCGGAAGGAGAGUUAGACUUAACACCAGAAGUCCUCAAAGCCUUUGAAGAAUUUCUCACGUCACGCAAGAUAUCUCUCUCUUUCUUUUCCGGCGCCUGGUCUGCAGAGUUUAUCGGCCUCUUAGACGCUGAUAAGGCUUCGAAAGUUGGAAAUGAAGCCGGCCAGCGAACCAUUAUCCUUGGCGCUGAGACCAUAUAUUCCCCAUUCGCGCUCAGCGCAUUUACACAGACCAUCCUCUCUAUUCUAAAAGAGGAGAAGGCGCAGGGUAAUACGGCUGAAGCACUGGUGGGUGCUAAAAAGCUCUAUUUUGGCGUGGGUGGCUCAUUAGACGACUUUGUCGUUAAAGCUCGGGAGAUGGGUGCAAGCGUUGAAGAGCUUCGAGAAGAGACGGAAGGCGUCCGUCGUGGCGUUGUUCGCUGCAGCCUUACGUAGCACGAUAGCCAUAGCCGUUCUAGGCCCCAGGUAAACCUGCGACAACAAUAGAUUAUGGCUUAAGGGAGAGUUGGGUUCUUGUCCUUAGUCCGAAAUGCCUGGCUCGGAUUACUAAGGCGUA